CGUCAUCAAGAAGCGUCUUCGCCUUUCCCCUCCCAUCUUCCCAGAUCGGUGGGCGUGCUCACCUCUGCUCUGGGCCAGGUCUAUGUCCCGGUUUCCCGCCGUCGCGGGCAGGGCGCCAAGGCGGCAGGAAGAGAGUGAGCGGUCAAGAGACCUCCAGGAAGAGCGGCCCUUGGCUGUUCCCAUUGCUGAUAGAGAAGAGAAAGGAUGCACAUCACAGGAAGGAGGAACUACUCCAACUUUUCCUAUUCAGAAACAAAGAAAAAAGCUUAUUCAGGCUGUGAGGGACAAUUCAUUCCUUAUUGUUACUGGAAAUACAGGAAGUGGUAAAACAACUCAACUCCCGAAAUAUCUAUAUGAAGCAGGGUUUUCACAGCAUGGUAUGAUUGGUGUAACUCAACCACGAAAAGUUGCUGCCAUAUCUGUUGCUCAGAGGGUUGCUGAAGAAAUGAAAUGCGCUUUGGGAUCGAAAGUAGGAUACCAAGUUCGUUUUGAUGAUUGCAGCUCUAAGGAAACAGCAAUCAAAUACAUGACUGAUGGAUGUUUACUGAAACAUAUUCUGGGAGAUCCAAAUCUUACCAAAUUCAGUGUCAUUAUUUUAGAUGAAGCCCAUGAGAGAACUCUAACUACAGACAUCUUAUUUGGUUUAUUGAAGAAGCUAUUUCAGGAGAAGUCUCCUAACAGAAAGGAGCACUUAAAAGUGGUGGUGAUGUCAGCAACUAUGGAGUUAGCCAAGCUCUCUGCAUUCUUUGGAAAUUGUCCAAUAUUUGAUAUACCUGGAAGACUUUAUCCUGUCAGAGAGAAAUUCUGCAAUUUGAUUGGACCACGAGACAGAGAAAAUACUGCAUAUAUUCAAGCGAUCGUGAAAGUGACCAUGGAUAUCCAUUUGAAUGAAAUGGCUGGAGACAUCUUGGUUUUUCUGACUGGCCAGUUUGAAAUCGAGAAAAGUUGUGAGCUACUCUUCCAGAUGGCAGAGUCUGUGGAUUAUGAUUAUGAUGUUCAAGAUACCACUCUAGAUGGGUUGCUUAUAUUGCCAUGUUAUGGAUCUAUGACAACAGAUCAACAGAGAAGAAUAUUUUUGCCACCUCCACCUGGAAUUAGAAAAUGUGUCAUAUCUACCAAUAUUUCUGCAACGUCUUUGACAAUAGAUGGAAUCAGAUAUGUGGUAGAUGGUGGCUUUGUGAAACAGUUAAAUCACAACCCCAGAUUAGGGUUGGAUAUCCUGGAGGUGGUUCCAAUUUCAAAGAGUGAGGCAUUACAGCGAAGUGGCCGAGCUGGUAGAACUUCCUCAGGAAAAUGCUUUCGGAUCUAUAGUAAAGAUUUUUGGAACCAGUGUAUGCCUGACCAUGUGAUCCCUGAGAUUAAGAGAACUAGUUUGACAUCUGUAGUUCUGACCUUGAAGUGCCUUGCCAUACAUGAUGUUAUAAGAUUUCCCUAUUUGGAUCCACCUAAUGAGAGACUUAUUUUGGAAGCCCUUAAACAACUUUACCAGUGUGAUGCUAUUGACAGGAGUGGUCAUGUGACCAGAUUGGGCUUAUCUAUGGUCGAAUUUCCUCUCCCUCCACAUCUGACCUGCGCAGUGAUAAAGGCUGCUUCUUUGGAUUGUGAAGAUCUACUACUUCCAAUAGCAGCAAUGUUGUCUGUGGAAAAUGUCUUCAUUAGACCCGUUGAUCCAGAGUACCAGAAGGAAGCAGAACAGAGACAUCGAGAAUUGGCAGCUAAAGCUGGAGGCUUUAAUGAUUUUGCAACUUUAGCUGUCAUUUUUGAACAAUGCAAAUCAAGUGGAGCUCCAGCUUCUUGGUGCCAAAAACAUUGGAUUCAUUGGAGGUGCUUAUUUUCUGCAUUUCGUGUGGAAGCACAACUUCGAGAACUAAUCAGGAAGCUUAAGCAGCAAAGUGAUUUCCCGAGAGAGACCUUUGAAGGUCCUAAACACGAGGUACUACGAAGAUGUCUUUGUGCAGGCUAUUUCAAAAAUGUAGCUCGAAGAUCUGUUGGAAGAACGUUUUGCACAAUGGAUGGACGUGGAAGCCCAGUUCACAUUCACCCUUCCUCGGCACUUCAUGAACAGGAAACCAAACUUGAAUGGAUCAUUUUUCAUGAGGUAUUAGUUACCACCAAAGUCUACGCAAGAAUUGUUUGUCCAAUUCGUUAUGAAUGGGUGAGAGACUUAUUACCCAAGUUGCAUGAAUUUAAUGCACAUGAUCUGAGCAGUGUGGCCCGACGUGAAGCAAGAGAAGAUGCAAGAAGGAGAUGGACAAAUAAGGAAAAUGUAAAGCAGCUAAAGGACGGAAUAUCAAAAGAAGUCCUGAAGAAAAUGCAAAGAAGAAAUGAUGACAAAUCCAUAUCAGAUGCACGUGCUCGUUUCCUGGAGAGAAAACAGCAGAGGACCCAGGACCACAGUGACACACUGAAGGAAACAGGCUGAGGAGUGGACCCUCCAAUUCAGGAAGUAGGAAAAACAGCCAGGAAAUAUGCCAGUUAUUUCAGACAGAACUACCGAGAAGAAGUGGUCAGCAGCUGUUACUAGCCUAUGAGCUAAAAAAAAUAAAAGUUCAUCAAUACUGAAAAAUGGAAUUUUCUCAAAGAAAAGAUAGAGUCGCCACAGUCAUAGGGAAUGAUAUUGAAACCAAAUGAAAGACAAGAUGUGUAAUAUUUUCCUCACUUCAAUUUUGCUGACCUUAACUGGCAUUGAAUGCUGUCAUUGAGAUACUUUCAGAGGACAUUGAAUUGUAUUUAAUCAGAGUGUAUUUCAUUUGCAUUGAAGCAUUAAAAAUUAUUUUCCUUAAAUCUCUUUAAGGCCUUCUUGUUGCUAUCAAAAUAGUGUUAUAUCAGGUACGUGAUCAUUUCCUUAGAAGGCUGAACAUAAGAGGUUUUUACUCAGCAAUACUUAGAUGUCUAACAGUUUAAUUGCUACAGAGCUUUAUAGCUAGUUAGAGAAAAGACUUAAUUAGUAAAUAAGAAAAUUGCCUAUGGCAGGAUUCUUUCUUGAAUUAAUAUUAAUCCUUAAAUUGAUUUUUCUGGGAUUAUACAAAUUCCUUUUUAUAUAAAAGUAUAUUGUUUAAAACAGUAGCUAUAGCCAUUAACCAAAGGACAGAUGAUAUAUAUAUAUAUAAAAGUUCUUUUUUAGCUGUACCUACAUACUUUAUAUCAGCAUCAUGUAUGUAGGUGUAAGAGUGCUUUCAAAUAGCCCUUCCACUUGGCCUACCCUCUUGCCUCCAGUUACUUAGGGAGGACCAUUUAAACAUCUAUUAUGCUGAUCUUGAGAUAGGAUUUUCAAAGCAGCCAGUACUACGUCACCACUGUUUCAAAUUGGAACCUUGAGGCUAGUAGCACACUCAGGCCACACUCAGCACUUCCCCACUCUUGUUUACUGCCUUGUAUUCUAGUUAUUUGUGUAUGUGUCUCUCUCCCCCACUAGAUUAUACGCUCCUUGUGGGCAGGGACUAUGUGUUCAUCUUUGUAUCUUUCAUGGCACUUAGCAUAGUGCUCGGCACAUAGUAGUCACUCAAUGUUUGUUAAAUAAAACUAUUGGUGUCAUCAAAAUUCAAAAGGCAGUAUUAUGUGUGUUUUUAGAUAUUUCUGUAAAAAGUAAGGAUCUAAAUAUUUUAUAAGUAACUAACUUUUCCAGUUAUUUCUUUUGGAAUCUAAGCUGUUUUCUGUUCAGUAUUAGAAACUUGAAGCCUUUACUGAAAAAUCACAUGAGGACCCAAACCCAUGUUUUUAUUUUGGAAGGUGAGUGGUGAUUGUUUCUCUGAACAUUUCCAGCCUCGUUAAUUUGUUCUUUUUUCUCUUCAGUGUUCUAGACACUUGCAGCCCAUUAGUCACCUGGUCUUAACGGUUUCUCUCAGGUAUAUAUAUAUAUCAAUGCAUUUCCUUAGACUUUGUGUGGGAGAGGUAUGGAUUCUUGGAAUGAAAGUUCUUUUACUUCAAUAAACAUUGCUCAAGCAUACAUUCUAAAUCUAUAAUCCAUAUUCAACUGUCAUCAAUUGUCCUAAUGAUGUCCCUUAUAGCACUUUUCUCCAGUUAAGGAUCCAGUCAAGCAUCAUGUAUUCAGCCUCUUUUAAUCUGGAAAAGGUUCUCAGUUCUUUGUCUUUCCCAGCAUUUACAUUUUUUAAUAAUACAGGCCAGUUAUUUUAUUAAAUAUCCUCAGUUUGGGUUUCUCUAAUGCUUCCUCACAGUUAUGCAUUUUUGACUUGGAAUACUGUAUAACUGAUGGAGUGUCCUUCCUAGGGUAUCACACUUGGAGGUACAUAGUGUCUGUUUGCCCCUUAUUAAAAAAAUAUUAAUUUGAUUACUUGGUUAGGGUGUUUUCAGUUUCUCCAAUUUAGUUACUCUUGUAAUUAUUAAGUAAUUUGGGGAGGGACACUUAGAUUAUGUAAAAUAUCCUGUUUCUCAUAAAAUAUGACCCUCUAGAUUGGGUAUUAAUUGAUAAUUAUUGCCUGAAAUCAGUUUUAUGAUUACAAAAUGGUGAUUUUCCCCCCAAUUCCUUUCUAUAUUAUUUGUUGGCUGAGUUGGAAUGGACUCGACAGCAACAGGAUAAACAGAUGGAUGUUAGCAAUUAGCAUGAACCAAGAUAGAAAGCCCAGGGGGCACUUAAGAGGGGUGCCAAAUAUUCCAGUUUAUUUGGUGCAUAGAGUAUAUAUACAUAUAGCCAGCGCACCUCAAGUGCAGCCACUACGCAUCUGUCAGUGGAGGCUUGCAUAUUGCUAUAAUGCUGAACAGGUUUUAGGAAGAAACCUGAUGGCUAGGAGGAAAGGCCUAGCUAUCUACAACCAAAAAUCAGCCAGUGAAAACCCUUUGGAUUGUAACAAUCGAAUUUACAAUCAAUCAUGAGAUGUUGCAGGAUUAGGCAGUGUUUUGUUCCACUGGGCAUGGGGUCAUUGCCAUAAAUUGGAAUCCCAUUCAACAGCCGCUGACAACAACAGCAAUAGUCUGAAUAUGUUGGUUAAGGUCAGAUUAUGGAAAGCUGUGAAAGCCAAACUAUGGAAUUUGGACUUACUUUGUAAGGUAUAUGGAUAUAUUGGAGAGGAAUGACAUUAUAGCUUUGAGAUAAUUUUGACAGUGGUAUCCAUUAGAAGAAUCGAUUUUCAUUGGAGAGGGCUGUGAGCAAAGUAGUAUCAAGGGAAUGCUGGAUCUAGUUAAGGCAAGGUGAGAGUAGCUUUUGAGGAUACGUGGUGUUUAUGGAGGAGUUUGUUCUUAAAGAAAUGGGGGUUCAUCUUCAAAUCACUGAACAAAACAGAGAAACAAAGACAAAUGUUAUAAUAGAAAAGUGGCAAAGGACAGUCAUUUCAUGAAAGAGGAAACAUGAAUGGCCAAUAAAUAAGACACUGAAUCUUUCUAAUAAUUAGAGAAACAUAGAUGAAUAUAACCGUGAGAUGACAUUCACUCCCAUCAGAUUGGCAACACUAAUAUGUCUGAAAAGUGUUGACAUGGGAGAAUAAAUCGCUUUUAUUUAGAGAACAUUUUGGCAAUAUCUAGUAAAGUCAACAGUGAUGUGGUAUGUACAACCUAUGACCCAACAAGCCUGCUUCUAAAUUUAUACCCCAGGAGCUCUAAGGUUAUGUAACGUAUCCUGCUCCUCAUGAAAUUUGGCCCCUCUAGACUUCUAAGUCAAUUGGCAAAAUAAUUCUGUUAUGAAAACAUUCUGCAUCCCACUUUGAAAUGUGGCGUCUGGGGUCUUAAAUGCUAACAAGCAGCCAUCUAAGAUGCAUCAAUUAGUCUCAACCCACCUGGGUCAAAGGAGAAUGAAGAACACCAAGGUCACACGAUAACUAAGAGCCCAAGAGACAGAAAGGGCCACACGAACCAGAGACUUACAUCAUCCUGAGACCAGAAGAACUAGUUGGUGCCCGGCCACAAUCGAUGACUGCCCUGGCAGGGAGCACAUCAGAGAACCCCUGAGGGAGCAAGAGAUCAGUGGGAUGCAGACCCCAAAUUCUCACAAAAAGACCAUACUUAAUGGUCUGACUGAGACUAGAGGAAUCCCGGCGGUCAUGGUCCCCAAACCUUCUGUUGGCCCAGGACAGGAACCAUUCCUGAAGACAACUCAGCAGUCAUGAAAGGGACUGGACAGUGGGUAGGAAAGAGAUGCUGAUGAAGAGUGAGCUAUUUGUAUCAGGUGGACACUUGAGACUGUGUUGGCAUCUCCUGUCUGAAGUGGGGGUGGGAGGAUAGAGAGAGAUGGAAGCUGGCAAAAUUGUCACGAAAGGAGAGACUGGAAGGGCUGACUCAUUAGGGGGGAGCGAGUGGGAGAACGGAGUAAGCUGUAUAUAAACUUAUAUGUGACAGUCUGACUUGAUUUGUAAAUGUUCACUUGAAGCUCAAUAAAAGUUAAUUAAAAAAAAAAAUUGGGCCCCUCUAGAUUUAGCAUCAAUUACUGGUUGAUGCUAAAUACAUAAAAGUGUUAGAUAUAACGUUUAUAAGACUGUUAAAAUAUAGGAUUGUUUCUAAUAGUAAAAAAUAGAAAACAAUAUAAAGAGCUAUCAGUAGGAAACUGGUUGAAUAAAUUAUGAUAUGUUCUUACAGUCAAAUUCUAUACAGCAGUGAAAAUGAUUUUUAAGGCUCCUCAUGGUGGCACCCACAUGCAUAUUCCUAAACUACAAAACAGACGAGCCAGUUCACAUUCCUACCAGCAAAGCAGCAAAGUGCUUGUCUUACUGAAUCUUUAUCAUUCGUCAUAAAUAUACUUCUAAUUAUAGACAAGAGAGGUGUCUUGUUAAUAUGCUAAUUAACAUAUUUUGAUAUUCAGCACUUUUAAAAGACCAGAUAGUAAAUAUUCUAGGUGUUUGGACUCUGCAAUCUGUAUUGAAACUUGUUGUUGUGUGCAGUCGAGUUGAUUCCAACUUGUAGUGGCCCCAUAGAACAGAGUAGGACUGCCCAAUAGGGUUUCCUAGGCUGAAGUCUUUAUGGGAGUAGAUUGACAGGUCUUUUCUCCUUUGGAGCGGCUGGCUGGGUUCAAACUGUCUACCUUUUGGUUAGCACCUGAGCACUUAACCAUUGUGCCACCAGGGCUCCUAUGUUGAAAAUACUCAACCCAAAAUAUAGCCAAGUGUUACCUUAGAUUCAACCCAGAUAGGCACAUUUGGUAUCACGUGAUUUUAUGUGUUGUAGCAAACCACCCACAGAGCACUUUAUUGCUAGUCUCUAACAUAUUUUUACAGAGAAAAACAUUUUGAAUUUCUGCAUCACUAGAAAAUAUUACAAUUCUCUUCAGAGUAAUAGACAUUUUUUAGGUGAUUUCCAAAGGAUCCUUUUUAAUCCUCUGUUUGAAGAGGAAAUGUGCUAAGUUUUGAUCUGUUAUUUAAUAUCAGGUGUUAAAUAAAUCACUAAAAAAUGGAUGAUACUCUUAAGACCUAGAAUAGACUGUUACUUUUCCAUAGGCCUACCAAAACAAACUCAUUUUGCAUGUAAUUAAAAGGGUGAGGAAAAUACUGGAGCCUGGAACUGGAAUCACUCAGAGUUCCAUCACAAAGGAGACAGGUUUGUUAGUUAUCCAUAAAGCUAUGCAGCUUUUGUAUCCAUCCAAAUCCAGAAUUAACCCAUAAUUGCUACUAAAAAAUACCUUUAUCUUUUCUUUUUACCAGCAGCAAAACAGGAAAAUUAUACAAUAACUAAAGGCUUCAGGGUUAAGCAGCUGAUUUACAGCUGCAGUAGUUUUCAGGUGCUUAAUCCUGAUGUUAAAACAAGCUAAUAGAGCAGGGCCAAAUUUAUCAUUAAGCUAUAGCCACAAAAUAAACUUUUUGAACUCAAAUUUGAAGGGAAUUAAACCUUGUGUGUGAUGAUGUUGGAAUU